AUGUAUGCCCACGACAGCAAGGCCAUUCGUGGCAAUUUUAUUCCCGUAUCCAAGUCAAUGAAUGCUCGUGCCCCCACUCCCCCGCGGGAGCCGUCCGAGAACAUUCACCACUUCUUGCAGCUCAGCUUGACCGAGUCGCAAAUGGAGAAGUUAGCCAAAGUCUUAUCCGAGGAUGGCGACACAGAACGAGAAUCGCGCGGUCGUCAAGCUCCUCAGACUGAAGUUCAGCAGCCCGACGUCGUCGAUUCAGUCAAGCCCAAGCCCAAGGCCAAAGAGCACCAGACGCUAAAGCAACGAUUCAGAUCUCUCUCCCCCGCAAAGAGAAGAAAGCACCAGCAAGAGGUGGUUGCUACCCCUCCCAGACAGCGCUCGCCUUCGCCCGUCAGAAGAGGUACGGGACCGAAAACGUCUGAGCAACGCCGGCUUGGCUAUGGCUCCGACUCUUACCAGUCGCCUCAACCUGCUAGCAAGCAGAGACAGUUCCAUCAGCACCAGGUUUCGUGGGAUCGGCAGUACGAUUCUCCCAAGACUGUGAGCAGACAGAGACAGCAGCAAUGCAUGUCCCCUCAGUCCGCUAGCAGGCAGAGACAAGAGCAUCAGCAGGAACAACGUGCUGCCGAGGCAGCUGCCUUCCGCUUGGCUUCUCCCUCUCCUUCAAAGCGUCGUCAAGAUCGUGUCCCUCCUGUCCCCAUCGACACCGACAUUGCUCGUCUUCACGCCAAGGUCACGGCCCAUCGUGAACCCAUCGUCAUCCAUUACUCUCCUGAGCCCGAUGCGCGAGUGGCUUCCCAGACUGUUCAAAUUGUGGCCACAGACAAGUCCUCCGUCUACUCCCAGGAGAAUCAAGAGAAGGCUCCUGACCCCCGUUUCCGCUCCCAGAUAAGUCCCCUUCACGUUGUCAAGGAAAACAAGGAGAAUGAUAGCGGAUACUCCCAGACCCUCAGCAUCCUUCAAGAUUACGGUAACUGGAGCAACUGGGCCAACUCCGAGGAGCCUGUUCAGAGCAGCCAAGGCCCAGAAGUCACUCGCGCUCCCACCAAGUUAUCCAACCGCAGCGCUGACCGGCCUGGCACCGACGGAGCCACAGGCACAGAUGACUUCCACUACUCAGCCCUGACUCCUCUCUUCCCAAUCCACAAUAUCAACAACCCCAACCGCAACAUGCGCAUGGCCUCCAAGACCUUGAUCGGUGAAAACGGCUGGUUGGAGUCUACGUCUCGUCCCUCUGACGCCCAGCCCAACAAUCAGCUCAACACCGCCACCUCCAACGGCACAAACAAGAAACCAUCAACCGCCGUUCCCGCCCGCAAACCCGGCUUCCUCGACAACCUCGUCAAAAAGGCCAAAGACUUUGUCUCUGCUCCUCUGCCCGAGAACGCGAACAACCAACGCUCCUCCCACGACUCCAACAAGCCUCACUCCCCGCGCACCUUGCAAAUCAGUCUCACACCUCGCGAGCAAUCGCUGCUCUACUGCGAACUUGAAUUCCUCCUUUCCACCCUCCUAAACACUUACAUCACCACGCAGCUCUCCCUAGGUCUACUUGACCAUAACAAAGUCCGCCGCAUCUCAGACACAUGGCAAUCUAAAGGCCGCCCGCGCGUCGUCUCCUUCCGGUACGACCUCGAAACCCAACUCGAUCUUGUCCGCUUACACGUCAACGACUUCAAGUUCUACGGCCCCGCAGCGGCCAACACCACUACUAUCAUGGGUAUCGUAGACGGCGCCAAGACAGAUGCAAGAGCCAUGCGCAUCAGGACGUUUUGCCAACCGGACACGGUAGUGGCGAAGCAACUUGUUGGAGCGAGGGCGUUGUGCGGGCUGCUGGGCGCCGGAGACACGGAAGAGAGAAAGCUGGGGGAGUGUGUUGGCUUCUUCAGGGCGGUGGUUGAGAGAGAGGUGCAGAGGGGGAUGAUUGAGGUUGCUGCUGGUGGCAAUGGUGGCAACGGUGGUGGUGAGACAACGAUGGACGAACAACAGCAGCAGAGAGAGUCGGGGAAUACUACGACUUCGGGCGACGGGAUUUGGGUUGGUGGUGCGCCGCAGUAUCAGGGACCGCCGUCGCCGAUUCCGGAACAGAAUCUGAACCAAACUCAGACCCAGGCGCAGAUCCAGACUAGGAGCCAGAGCCCAGUGAGACGCGGUGGACAUUCGUUGGACGAGUCUAACAAGUGGCAUCAGCAUCAUCAUCAUCAAGAGCAGCAACGCCAACACAACACUGCCCCCGGCCACCCUGGUGCCAGCGGCGGUCACAACAACGCGCUCUCUAGCCCGGUUCGGUUCACCACUUUUGCUGCUGCUACGAGUGGUGGUCACUUGAAGGGAUCGGCGUCGCAGGGAAUCAUCAAGAUGGAUCCGAGUGCUUAUGAGGAUGACAUUCAUCCAGGCUCCAAGAUCUUUUGA